AUGAACAACGAGUUGGACGAUUUUGAUAAAGAUAUAGUCAGAAGAUUUAUUUACGACUUUUAUGAUAGAGGUGAGUACCCGACUGCCUUUUCCAUACUCAACACUUACCGAGAAAAAAAUAAUUACACUGGAAGCGUUAGGUCAAUGCGACGCGUUCUUAAAAAUUUGAAUUUUUCAUUUAAGAAGUGUAAUGACGGGCGCAAAUUUCUAAUGGAACGUUUAGACAUAGUUGCUCUACGGUGCACAUUCCUCAGAAAAACGUGCACACUGCGUAAAAAUAACGAUAGACGCCCUGUUGUUUAUGUUGAUGAGACUUGGGUUAAUCAAAAUCACUCACGAUCCAUUAUUUGGCAGAACAAUGAAGGUACGGAAGGAUUAAAGGUUCCAAUUGGCAAGGGUGGUCGACUGAUUGUAUGUCACGCAGGAUGCGCCCGCUACGGUUUUAUUAAGGAUUCAAAAUUAGUUUUUCGUAGUAACACUGGUAAUACUACAUACUACCAUAACCAAAUGAAUGCUGAGGUGUAUAAAGAGUGGUUUUUUGAAUUACUCAAUCAUCUUGAAGAGCCCUCUAUUAUUGUUAUGGAUAACGCUUCAUAUCAUUCGACCUUGGCUGAAAAUUAUCCUAAGAGUAAUUCUAGAAAAUCGGAUGUACAAAAAUGGCUUAAAGAUAAAAAUAUUCCCUACAGUAAUCUAGAAACAUUAGCCGAACUCAAAAUGAAGGUGAAAAAUAUAAUGCCACGUGAAAAAUCGUAUCUCCUUGAUCAGUUGACAUUAGAAAGAGGUCAUGAGGUGAUACGACUUCCUCCCUAUCACUGCCAGUAUAACGCUAAUGAGUUGAUUUGGGCUCAAGUUAAAAAUGAAGUUGCCAAAAAAAAUAACACUUUCAAGAUGGUAGACAUUGAACGCUUGACUCAUGAAGCGUUAGAUUCAGUGACUGUACAAGACUGGGAGAAAUGUGUACGACAUGCAGAAACUAUUCAAGCGCAAGACUAUGAAAAAGAAGUUCACAGGGAUGCCAUAUUAGAACCUAUUAUAUUGACCAUAUUACCAGGUGAUAGUGAUUCAAGUGAUGAUGAAGACACAAAUAAUGAUGAAGACAUAUUUGGUAACUAA